AGAAAAUAAUAAUAUAAAAUCUCAGAUGAAAAGCAAUAGAAAGGCUAAACUAACCCAAGCUCCAAUUGACAAAACUAAAAACAAUAUAAGCCCUGAUAUUCUUAAAAAUACCAAUAUAAAACUAUUACUAAUAAAAAUUACUCUUAUACAAAAUGAAAAGCCAACAAACAAAAAUAGUAUAAUAAUAGAAAUUGAAGAUUUUAAGUCAUAG